GCUCAAGAUGCCUACCACGGCAACAACAAAUGUACCACCAAUCUUCUGAAAUAAGCUGAAGACGUUAAGACGGCUGAUCCCAGUCAAUGCUGCUGGUUCGUCUGAUGACUUCGCCAGUCAAGCCUGAUAUGCCUCCAAUAUGAACGCGGUAGAUGGCUCAGAUCAUUAUGAGCGUGCAAUCGAAGGACCUACGCCGUCCCUGCUGGUUAUAGUCCUCGAUACAAAUCCCCAUGCCUGGGCCCUCCUCUCCUCAACUCUCCCCCUCUCGAAGGCUAUAGCAAACCUCCUCGUUUUCAUAAAUGCGCAUCUGGCAGUAAACAAUGCAAAUCAGGUCGCUGUUAUAGCCAGCCAUAGCCACCGAGCAGUAUGGCUCUACCCACGUCCUCCUUCGGUUUCCGAAGACGUCGAUAUGGGGGAGAGCGGUCCAACCAACCUCGACGAUGCAAAUAAAUAUCGACCCUUUGCCCUUAUCGAAAACAGUCUUCUUGCCUCUCUUCGUAAUCUCAUACAGACCACCACCGAAAACGAUAUCUCUACAACCAGCACCACUCAGAUGGCUGGAGCUCUUACCCUCGCGCUCUCCUACAUAAACAAAGCCACCGUAAAAUUCUCCGACCCAGAUACAUCCUCAAGGCCUGCCCCAACAGCCCUUGAAAAUACAGAAACACUACCAAUAGGUCUCCAAAGCCGCAUCCUGGUCGUCUCUGUCUCGGGAGAUCUGGCACACCAGUACAUUCCAAUCAUGAACACCACGUUCGCUGCUCAACGUCUGCAGAUACCUAUUGACAUAUUGAAGCUGGCUGGAGACACGGUCUUUCUGCAGCAGGCUUCGGAUGCUACAAAGGGGAUCUACAUGCAUUUGCGAAAUCCUCAGGGUUUAUUACAGUAUCUCAUGAUGGCGUUCCUGCCGGACCAGAUGAGCAGGAAACAUCUGGUUUCUCCAACGCAGGAGGUGGUUGAUUUCAGGGCAGCUUGCUUCUGCCACAGAAGAGUCGUAGAUGUGGGGUUUGUCUGCAGCAUCUGUUUGAGCAUUUUCUGCUCUCCCCCGGAAGGGGCUAUAUGCCUAACCUGCUCCACGCACUUGGCGCUAGGAGACUACGGCGCAAAACCUGCUACUGUCCCCAGGAAGAAGAAGAAAAGAAGAAAGUUAAAUGGAGGAGCGGAGACUGGAAGCGCGAGAGGUACACCAGCUCCUGGCGAAUAGCCUGUCAAUACAUUGGAUUAUCUGCACCCAAAAUUAUAGACUCUGGCCGUGGUUUACUUAGCCAGGCUCUCAAUCUUGUGCAACAAGUACAAUUGCGCUAGAUCUUGUAUGCUGGUGCCUUGAUACAGGUGAAAGGGGAUUCGGCCUCAAUAUAACAAAGUAAUGACUAAUUGCAAGGGCAUCUUUCCUGCAGCAAAAAUUGCAAUACUUCUGUCC